UGAUAGUAUUUGGCGUCCGUGUGUGCUUGUCCGGCAGUGUACUGGCAAAUGCCAGCGACGCAUCACGUUCUUUUUUUUUACUCCAUUUGAAUAAAUUAUACUCAAGGUCCAUUGAAGUGAACACUUUUGAUUGUAAACAAGUGUACGCGUCCGUUUAAAAGAUACGAAAUCAUGUCUUCGACAAAGAGUCUGUUCAAAGUAAAAAGGACUUUAGACACACUGUGUCAAGGUUCAAAAUAUGCGACAGUGAGUGUCAGAAGAAAUAGUAGUUGGACCAAGGACAAAGUAGUCAAGUCACCGUUUAAUAACGUGGAGCUCCCGAAUUGUACUUUGAACGAUUAUAUUUGGCAAAAUCUUGAUAAAUGGCCCGAAAGAACUGUAUCUGUAUGUGCUGUAUCCGGGAGAGGGUAUACCUACGAGCAGGCAUUCAAGCUAUCUAAUGCCUUCGCCGCAAACCUUCGGACCAAGUUUCAGGUCAGAGAUGGCGACGUCGUCUCCGUGAUGCUACCAAACGUCCCGGAUUACCCUUUGGUGGUGCUGGGAAUUUUGGAGGCUGGGGGUGUAGUGUCCACAUUGAACCCAAUUUAUACUGCACAUGAAGUUUCACGCCAACUAUUGAUGUCCAACGCGAAAAUUGUGGUCACGCUACCAGAAAUAGUCGACACUAUCAAGAACGCUUUGAAACUUGCCAAACUGGACCUUCCUAUCAUUGUGAUAAGGACUAACGGAGAUGAAAUGCCUGAAGGAACUGUUGUCUUCAAUGAUUUAAGUGAAGAUCCCCACGUGGACACGUCAUGUUUAAAAGCUGUCAGAAGGAGUACGAAUGAUGUUUGUUUUCUUCCUUACUCAAGUGGUACUACUGGUCUCCCGAAAGGAGUAGAAUUAUCGCACAGGAACAUUAUAGCUAACCUUGAACAGAUCAACGAACCACGUAUAAGAUGUCAUAAUGAUACAACUAAGUCCCAUCAAGAUUCUGUAAUGGCAAUCCUUCCAUUCUUCCACAUCUACGGAGCGUCAGUCAUCAUGUUUCACAAAAUGUCCAUCGGAGCCAAACUGGUCACAUUGGCGAGGUUCCAGCCCGACGUUUAUUUGCAGUCGUUGCAGAAAUUCAAGACCAAUCUGCUGUUUAUUGCCCCACCUAUCUUGACUCUCAUGUCAUCUCAUCCUGCUGCAUCGAAGCAAACCUUCCAAUAUCUGGAUACAGUCAUCAAUGGAGCUGCACCCAGCGCCGCGUCUGACUGCAGACGGUUCUUUGACAAAGUCAAGCGAAAACUGGACUACAGGCAGGGUUAUGGUCUAACGGAGACUUCACCAGUAGUAUGUUUCCCGGUCAAUGGUUCUGAAAACUAUUCAACAGUUGGUAACCCAGUUGGCAGUACGGAGGUGAAGAUCGUUGACUUAGACUUGAACAGCUUGGGACCUAAUGAGACUGGUGAAUUACUUAUCAAAGGCCCUCAAGUGAUGUGCGGUUAUAAGGAAAACCCACAAGCUAAUAGUGAAGCCUUCACAGCCGAUGGUUGGUUCAGAAGUGGUGAUCUAGCGACUAUUGAUGAUAAAGGUGUCGUCACUAUUGCUGAUAGGUUAAAAGAGCUUAUAAAGGUCAAAGGCUUUCAGGUUCCGCCGGCAGAAUUGGAAGCGGUAUUAAGAGAUCAUCCGGCCGUCAACGACGCAGCUGUCAUAGGUGUACCUCACCCUCAAAAUGGAGAGGCACCUAAAGCCUUUGUGGUACUCAAACCAAGCCAGAAAGUUGAUACGAGAGACAUCUGCGUCUUUGUCAACGAAAGAGUAGCACCGUAUAAGAAAAUAAAUGAUAUUGUCUUCCUUGAUAGUAUACCAAAAAGUUCGGCAGGAAAGAUUUUGAGGAAAGACUUGAAAGCCAAGUACUGUUCUUAAGACUGAAAUUAGUAUGACAAAAAGAUAUAUAAUACGCGUUGAGCGUUGCAGUAUAGAUUUAUUGUGGUGUCUAAUGAGUAAAAACUUGGUAGGAUUGUUGUCUUCACUCACAAAUUACGAUUAUGAGGGCUAGGGUCUAGUCUUACCUAUAUUUUAGUCGCGUGGUGACCACGGAUUGUUAUAACAUGAUUCGAAAUGUCCGAGAUGAAAUAAAGGUACGUUACGUGCGCGUUUACUACCUAUAUUUUUUU